AGCAACCUGCAUCGUGCAACGUCAACGUUCAACCGUCUAAAAACUCCUUGAUCUUUUCCUUCCCUGUUCUCCCUAGUUGUUUUUUUCGAUUGAAAAGGUUGAAGGCACUUAGGACUGCAUUCAUCGAUCCAUAGACCAUGCCACCGAACGCCUGCAACGCCGCUUUAUCCGAAGCAACGCAGCAUCGUGCACCAGAGGACAUUGGCACGGAGGACUACGUUUAUCAAUGGCUUCAAGACAUCGGCGCCCCUGUGGUCUCACAGGAUGAUCUUCAUCGACUGUACAAAGGACCCUUUGCAGAUGUGCUACUCUUUGUUGCUCGACAUAUCCGAGGACGGCGAGAAACAGCGGUAUGCAGACAUCAAUUUCAGUGCGCGUCAACAUCUGAGAGGAAGAGCGCAGCCCCACAGGCAUGUUCUUCGUUUUCUGUCACCAAACGUACAAAGACCCGACUGGAUGGUGCAAAGUUAGAACGGCGCGCCGCAGAGGACAGCCUUCGCAAUUUACUGAACGACACGUACCUAAGUCAACGCGAAGCUGAUCGUUUGCAAGACGAUCUUCAGCUGACACGAGGGACAAAUCUUCUUCUACGCGUUCUCGCUCAAAAGGAGUCCAAUCGCAUUGCACGGCUUGUAUGCAUCAGUGACAUGAUGAUGCAGCUUCGGAAAGAUAUCUCGUCCCGGAAGUCCGAGAAGGGCCGCCUUCACGAGACGGGAAUGCGUAAUACAAAUCGCUAUUUUGCACCUCACAUCCGUGCAGAUCACACGCAGGACGUGCUCGCGAGCUUUCACUCGUUUCACGUCCGGCUAUCCCACCUCUGGAUCUCCUUGCAAUCGUCAAAGCAGGAAGGCGAACGAAGUGGCGAAGCGCGAUUAAUGAAAGCAAUUUCCGAUGCAAUGAAUCUACACAUGUCCGACGAGCGAGUGAUCCUCGCACAUUGCAGCGACCGUCUUAAGAAGCAGACACGCCUUCGAUGCUCACAGAAUCUGAGAUAUCACUCGCUGCUGCCCGCUUUCUCAGAAGCUCCAGAUGACGCCGAACUUGACAAGAUACAGAAGCGGAUUAUGGAGAAGGAGCGAAAGCUGCAAUCACUAUCGGAUCUCUCGAUAGCGCUCAUACAUGCAAGUUCACAAUCGCUUCAAAGUCUAUCAACCUUCAGUGCUGGGGCUGCCCCCAUCCUUCAGCAGGAGUUGCAGGAUAAGGCCAGUGCAGUACAGGGCUACGUAGACCUUCUCCGUCAUUCCGUUUCGAAACGCACGAAAGUUGUGGCGGAACACUGUGCACGCGAUCCCAUAAAGCUAGGAAGGGGAAAGAGCGUUAAUCGCAUACUGAGCGAAGUCCAGCGGUCUAUCGAGCUAGUGCACGAGAAAGAGUGCUUCCUACGGAAUGCAACGUCCAUUGACCCUGCAGUCAUUCUGCCCAACAACAAAGACGAGCUUGCAAAAAGACUUGAAACGCAUAAGAAACGUCAAGCCGAGCUGAACGAGCAGAUCACUCUCCUCCUUCGACAUAAACUCGACAAAGCCCACGCAGGCAGGCCGUUGGAACAUGAUACCGAGCGUAUUGCGCAGGAAAUCUGUCUUGUGGGAUCCAUGAGCGGUCUGCGAUAAUCAAUGGCGUUGAACAGAUUAUUGCAUAUAUAUUGCAAACCCAUGUGCCCUGAAGUGAGGAUGUUCGCUAUUCAUUCCAACUAAAGGUAUUGUUGAACGUAUUGCAAGGAACAAGACCAAGAAUAUCCAGCAGAUCCAAGCUACAUGAGAUGCCGUGGCUAUAUGCAAUUACAUGAGCAAGAGUCUCGAGGUCAUGAGGAGAUCGUUAGAGAAGCAGGGACAUAUCCAGACAGCACAAUACAUUAUGUUAAACAGCACAUCACACAGCAUGGUCGACGCCGACAGCUCCCCAGAAGUAGGUGGAACGUGGCGAUGACAGGGAAGGAAUAUCCUAGCGCUGCGAGACAAGGCAAGAACGUCCAAAUGUAGAGCGGAGGGAGAGCGCAGCCGCUCAC